AUGAAUCAAACACUACUAAUGGAAUUCUUGCUUGUGGGAUUUACUGAGAGCCAGAUGUUGUUGAGGCUACAUGCUGUGGUCUUCUCGCGGAUCUACCUAGUGGCCAUGAUGGAAAAUUUAAUUAUCAUCCUCCUCACAGUUCUUGACCAAUGCCUCCACACUCCAAUGUAAUUUUUCCUAAGGCAUUUGUCCUUCUUAGAUCUGUGCCUCAUUUCUGCCACAAUACCCAAAUCCAUCCUCAAUUCCAUCACCUUCACUGACUCCAUCUCUUUUCUGGAAUGUGUGUUACAGCUCUUCUGUGUGGUGCUAAUGUCUGGGUCAGAUAUUAGCAUUCUCACUGCAAUGUCCUAUGACCGCUAUAUUGCCAUCUGUCGUCCUCUGCAUUAUGAGGCUACAAUGAGCAAAGGAGUCUGUGUCCAGCUGAUGACUAUAUCCUGGCUCAAUGGAGGGGUCUUUGGAAUCUUGUACUCAUCUGGGACAUUCUCUUUAAACUUUUGUGGGUCCACUAAGAUCCAUCAGUUCUUCUGUGAUGUGUCUGCCCUACUAAAGCUCAGUUCUUUUAAGGAACAUAAAACUAUUAAUGUCAGUGUGACCAUUGGGGUCUGUUAUGCAUUUUCGUGUUUAGUUUGCAUUGUUGUCUCUCAUGUAUAUAUUUUUUCCACUGUGUUAAAGAUCCCAAACACACAGAAGCAGUCCAAAGGCUUUUCCACCUGCUUGCCUCACCUCAGUGUGGUGAGUGCAUUUCUUCUAACAGGCGCUAUUGCUUAUUUAAAGCCAGUUUCUGAUGAGCCUUCUAUUCUGGACUUAUUUGUGUCUGUGUUCUAUUCUGUGGUACCUCCAACCUUGAACCUUAUUAUCUGCUGUAUGAGGAGUAAAAAUAUUAAAUCAGCCUUAGAUAAAAUCCUAUGGAGGCUUAAAAGAAGUGGAAUAAGGGAAAGAUGA